GAGGACUCAUAUGCCUACAAAAGUCCAGUUGUCUUGGGCCAGGCCAGAGCCACAGCGGGUAUAGAAACUGCCCCCUUCCGGUCUGCCCUUCUUCCUUCCCCCAACCCAGCCACUAGGUUACAAGGGUUGCUGACAGAUGGGAGGACACAGCGAUACCUACUGUGUCCGCUGUGGUCUGAGGUCCCCACCCACUGGGGAACCACAGAAGGGAGGAGGGUAAAGAGGAAGGGAGGAGAGGGGAGGUGAAGAGAGGGAAGACGAGAAGAGAGCAAGCACACGAGAGCCCGAGAGGAGAGAAGCUGAGCACCAUGGGACAGUGGAAUCGAAUCAAGAUUGCCAAAUGCCAAAUACUGAUCACCAACUUCUUUGUCUUGCUGCUGGGCCUCUCUAUGGCCGCCAUGGCUGUUGUCACUCACUUUGGAGACCACUUUACUGUGAUUGGCCGUGCAUCCUUGGAGAGGAACCCCUAUGAAACACUGCGUUAUUGGGCCUUGUAUGUGGGGAUCAGCCUAGCAGGGCUACUGAGCCUGGGAGCUGCUCUGAGUACCAUAGCCACCAUGAGGGAGGCCCAUGGCCUCAUGGCUGCGGGUUUCCUGUGCUUUGCCCUGUCAUUCUGCAUCCUGGUACAGGUGGCCUUCUGGAGAUUCCACAACCCCACCCAGGUGGAGGAUGUGGUGUUGGACACCUAUGACUUCGUGUAUGAUCAGGCAAUGAAGAACCCAUCUAGCAGCUGGUGGCAGGAGCUGGCCGUCAUCCAGGACACGUUUCUGUGUUGUGGGAAGAAGUCUCCUUUUGGGCUUCUGGUGAGCACGGGAGCCAUCAUGUGUCAGGGCCAGGAGGUCAUGAGAGAGGUGAGGAGGAGGGAGAUAAAGGCUUCUGGACUCAGGUCAGGUAUACGCUAUGAUGCUCUGUGCCUUCCUCUGGUUUUCCAUUCACUCCUACUGUGGCUUGGAUCGAAAAGGCAGAUACUCCCUGACCCCACGGUAGGCCCCUCUCUUUCUCUCCAGAAGGGUCUUACAGCACCACAGGGUCCUGGGGUAUCUUUGUCUCCCACCACAGAUGUGCUACCUCUGCCCUGGAGGACAGGGGUGGCCUCCAAUGCCCUCUUCUCUUCUGCCUACUUCCAGUCUCUGAUGAGACCUGAGGUCAUCCUGCCACCAACACAGAGAUAUGAAGAUUCCAGCUCCCCCUCCCAAGCCUCCCAAACUGCCCAGUAAAACUCCCAGACCAGGAUAUCUGGUUUUAAGGAACCCAGGACUCUUCAUGCACAGGGUCAGGAAGGACCCAGUGCCAGCAGCUAGAAGCCUUCUGUUCCCAGAGCACUUGGACCUUCCUUGAUGGGUGGUAGGCCAGAUUCACCCGCCCCCACCCCCAUCCCCUAGCAUCUGGAUCCCUAUGUCCAGCAUCUUCAUUGCCUCUCUAUGUUCUGAAAAAAUAGCCUCUCCAUUCCCUUCAGAGCAUUCUGGGACAUAUUUUUAAAUGUCCAUAUUGUACAUACACAUGUGUGUAGAGGCUGGGGGGACAAUACUGAUUGUCAUCCUCAAGAAUGCUGUCCUGCUUUAAAAUAGAGUCUUUCACUGCCCUGGAGCUCACCAGUUAAACUAGACUGACUGGUUAGAGAGCCCCAGAGAGCUUUCUGUCUCUACCUCCCCAAUACUGGGAUUACAAGCAUGCACCACCAUGUCUGGCAUUUUUAUAGCUUAAGUAAUCAAACUUAGAUCCUUAUGCUGACAAGGCAAGCGUUUUCUACAUUUAUUCAUUUAUUAUUUAUUUAAGUGACAGGAAGAAGGGGCAUGUGUGCAUGCCUCUGACUAAAUUAUACCCCAGUACCUUCUAGACCGUACUAAAGCACCCUCACCAUCCCCUCUCAUCCAUUCUGGGAUGGAUUUGCAGUCUCUUCUAAAUGUUCUACAGCAGCCUCAUAGUCCCUACAGAACUCUCAGGAACAGAUCCCCAGUUCUUCCUGGAACACGUAGAACAAUCUCCCUGUCUCCCUUUG